CUCUACCCCACCAUUUGCCUACCGGAGCGGAGUCGUGAAACGGAGCGGCGAUCCGCUUACCGCUUACCGCUUACGCUCCUCCGCAUUUGCGUUUCCCCUCGUCCAUCUCCCCGUUUCGCCAUGCGCUCCGCCUCGGCCGCCGGCUACGGCACCAUCCCCGCCUCCGCCCCUCCCCCUUCGCCUCAGUCAUCGCCGGGGAUUCUCUCCGCCGCUCGCACCGCCGCGCUCUUCUCCCGCCUUCGCGAGCAAGGCGGCAGCCUGGUCGCCUCCCAGCGCCCCUGGGGGCAGUUCCUCGACCCCUCCGCCCUCGUCCGCCCCGGCUCCUCCGGCGAGACGUUCUACCGCAUCCGCCGAAACAUCGGAUACUUCCGCUCCAACUACGCCAUCUCCCUCCUCGUCGCCCUCGCCCUCGGCAUCAUCUGGCAGCCUUCCUCCCUGGCCGCCUCCAUCGCCCUCGCCGCCGCCUGGAUCUACCUCUACCUCGGCCGCGACGAACCGCUCGUCCUCUUCGGCCGUCGAUUCGAGGACAGGACCGUCCUCGGCCUGCUCUCGCUGGCCACCUUCUUCGCGCUCGUCUCCACAGAUCUGGGAUCGAGCGUGUUCAGGUCGAUCGCCGCGGGGACGGUGCUCGUUGCCAUCCACGCGGUCUUCAGGGUAACCGACGAUUUGUUCCUCGACGAGAGGCAGGCCGCGAGCGGGGGAAUGGUCGCCGGAAUGGGUGCGCCGAUGGGGCCGACCUAUGUGGUCCGAAUGGUGUGAGCUCUUCGCCGCCGCCGUUAACGAAAAAAGGACUUCGAUGUGAUGGUUGAAGGUACGCCGGCGUUGCUUUUGUGGAUCUUGUAGGGGGAGGCUCGAGUUGGUUUGCGGUCAUUUUGCUUAUCAAUUUUUUUUUUUUAAUUUUUGUCUUUUCAAUUUUUGCAGUUUGUUUUAUGCAAUCCACCGAUUGUUACUUAAUGGUGCAAGAAAAUCAAGAUUUGUUAUUA